AUGGAGAAGAUUGAGAAAUCAAAAGUAUAUGCAGAGAAAGGACUCUUAGCAAAGAUCAAGCUUUAUCUUCUGAAGAAGCCACUACCGUCUGCAACUGACCGGAAGAAGUUUGAUUACGACUUUGCCAUCUCCACGUCCUUUCAUGGGGUUCACAACGUUGUCCGGAACCGCAGCAGGGCUCGCAAGCUGAUCUGGCUUUUGGUGGUGCUGGGAUCUGUGUUUCUCCUCGUGUGGCAGGUCUACAGUCGUCUGCUCAACUAUUUCACGUGGCCAACCACAACAUCUGUUGAGGUUCAGUAUGUUGAAAAGAUUGAGUUCCCAGCAGUCACAUUUUGUAACUUGAACAGAUUCCAAACACAUGCAGUAGCAAAAUUUGGCAUUAUAUUUUUCUUAUGGGAUAUGGUCUCCAAGGUGCUCCACCUUCAGGAAACCAGUGAGAAUUCCACCAGCUCUUCAGAAGCUUUUCACUUUGUUGCAAAUCAACAAAACUUCAGCAUCACGGAGUUUGUCAAGAACAAUGGUUUUUAUCUCAAUGGCAACACCUUGUUGGACUGUGAGUUCUUUGGAAAGCCAUGUGGCCCAACGGAUUUUAGACAUGUCUUCACUGAAUAUGGAAAUUGCUUUACUUUUAAUCAUGGUGAAAAUAUGCAAGCAAAGAAAAAAGUGAGUGUCUCUGGAAGAGGUUUAUACCUGCUCUUCAAUGUCAAUCAGGAGGAAUUCACUGAUAAUCCUGCCCUUGGUUUUACUGACGCGGGAAUCAUCUUUGUUAUCCACUCACCAAAGAAGGAGCCGCAGUUUGAUGGCUUGGGCUUGUCCUCGCCUGUGGGAAUGCAUGCUAGGGUGACCAUCCGCCAAGUGAAGACUGUCCACCAAGAAUACCCAUGGGGGGAAUGCAGCCCUGACAUGAAGUUGCAGAACUUUCCAAGCUACAGCACUUACGGCUGCUUGAAGGAGUGCAAAGCCAGUCACAUAGAGAAGCAAUGUGGAUGCCUGCCCUUUCUGCUUCCAGGAAAUGGCAUAGAAUGUGACCUACAGAAACAUUUCAACUGUGUUUCUCCUGUUCUUGACCACAUUGAGCUUAAGGGAUUAUGUACAAUGGGAACGCAUAACUCUAGCUGCCCUGUUUCAUGUGAAGAAACGGAAUACCCAGCCACCAUUUCUUACUCUGCUUUUCCAAGUCAAAAGGGUCUGAAAUAUCUUUCUAAGAAGUUGAAUCAAAGCCAAGAAUAUGUCAGGCAGAAUCUUGUGAACAUUGAAAUAAACUAUAGUGACUUAAACUACAAGAUCACCCAGCAGCAAAAGGCAGUGAGUGUGCCUGAGUUAUUAGCAGAUGUCGGUGGUCAGCUGGGCCUAUUUUGUGGGGCCAGUAUGAUUACAGUUAUAGAAAUUAUUGAAUACUUAUUCACCAAUUUCUACUGGAUAUGCAUUUUCUUUAUGCUGAAAAUAAUUGAAAUGAUGCAGCAAAAUCCCGCACCUCAAAAUCAUCCAACAAAUAAAAAUAGUAUAGAGGAAUGUUAA